GGGGGCGGUAGGACCGGCCGCCCGUCGUCGGCGUCGCCCCCCACCCCCCAGCCCGGGGUGGGGGGGCCCCGGAGCGGCGCGCCCCACCCGGGCGGUGGAUGAAUGUGGGAGAAAAUGGAGACCAAGACGAUCGUCUACGACUUGGACACGUCGGGGGGGCUGAUGGAGCAGAUCCAAGCCCUGCUGGCGCCCCCGAAGAGCGAAGAAGGGGAGAAGAGGAGCAGGAGGCCCGAGAAGGAGCCCCGGAGGAGCGGCCGCGCCACCAACCACGACAGCUGCGAUAGCUGCAAGGAGGGCGGCGACCUGCUCUGCUGCGACCACUGCCCCGCCGCCUUCCACCUCCAGUGCUGCAACCCUCCAUUGAGUGAAGAGAUGCUGCCUCCCGGGGAGUGGAUGUGUCACCGCUGUACCGUUCGCCGGAAGAAACGGGAGCAGAAGAAGGAGCUGGGCCAGGUCAACGGGCUGGUGGACAAGAGCGGCAAGCGCACCACGUCCCCCAGCAGUGACACGGACUUCUUGGACCGGUCGUCCGGCAAAACGGACCUGAAGGCCAUCGCCCAGGCCCGGCUCCUGGAGCGAAGGGCCAGUCGGCCCGGCACGCCCACGUCCAACGCCAGCACGGAGACCCCCACCUCAGAGCAGAAUGACGUGGACGAGGACAUCAUCGACGUGGAGGACGAGACGGCGGGGGCGGCGGCGGAGGGGGACUGUGGCCAGCCCCAGCUGAAGCGGCCCUUCGAGCUGCUGAUCGCGGCCGCGAUGGAGCGCAACCCGACUCAGUUCCAGCUGCCCAAUGAGCUGACUUGCACCACCGCGCUACCAGGUACUAGCAAGAGGAGGAGGAAGGAGGAAACGACGGGGAAAAAUGUUAAGAAAACACAGCACGAGUUGGAUCACAAUGGACUGGUCCCCUUGCCAGUAAAAGUUUGCUUCACCUGCAACAGGAGUUGCAGGGUGGCCCCUCUUAUCCAGUGUGACUAUUGCCCCCUCCUGUUCCACAUGGACUGCCUUGAACCGCCGCUCACUGCCAUGCCCUUGGGCAGAUGGAUGUGCCCGAACCACAUCGAACACGUGGUGUCCGAGGGGAAGACGAAGCAAAGCCAGUUGAGCGGGAACAAAAUGCUUUGGAGUCUGAACCAGUCGCUGAACCAGAAAAACAUGACCCUGAGCAACCGGUGUCAGGUGUUUGACCGCUUCCAAGACACCAUCUCUCAGCACGUGGUCAAGGUGGACUUCCUCAGCCGAAUCCAUAAGAAGCAUCCCCCCAACCGCCGAGUGAUUCAGUCCGUCAAGAGAAGAAGCUUGAAGGUUCCGGAUGCCAUAAAGUCUCAGUACCGGUUUCCGCCCCCCCUCCUCGCCCCUGCGGCCAUUAGGGAUGGCGAGCUGAUUUGCAACGGGAUUCCCGAGGAAUCACAGAAGCACCUUUUGAAGUCUGAGCACUUAGCGAGCCAGUCAGAGCAGCAAGAGUGGCUCUGUAGUGUUGUUGCCCUCCAGUGCAGCAUAUUGAAACAUUUAUCUGCUAAGCAGAUGCCUUCGCAUUGGGACUCUGAACAGACAGAGAAGGCUGAUAUUAAGCCUGUUCUUGUGGCAGACAGCUCGGUUGCCACCUCUCCGCAGGCAGCUGACAAGGCACCCCCUCCCCCCUCUCUCUACGGCCCACCCUGCCCCCCGGGGGUCCCCGCCCAGAACCCCCCGAGCUGCCCCCCCGCCCAGCCACCCCCACCCCCCGACGACGUCAGCUGGGGCUCCUGUACGGACAGAUCCAAGAAAGCGGCGGCGUCCUGCGGGACCGCCAACGGGCCCACGGGCUCGGAGGCGAGAGCCAACGGCCCCCACCCGUACGGCGCGUCCCCGGACCCCGCGGCCCAGCCGACGGACUCGCGGCGCCUCCCCGGCCCCGGGAGCGCCCUCCCGCUCCCCUCCCCCCGGCAGGCCUGGUCCAGGCCCCCGGCGGCCGGGGGCCCGCCCAACCACGCGCUGGGCCUGGUCGUGAAGACGGAGGGCACCGUCGCCUGCGCCCAGAGGAGCGUGGCCCCCGGCCCAGGACUGCCCCCCUCCAUUCCCGGUUCCUGUGCCAGCCUCGAGACCACCAGCACUUUGCAAAGGAAAAAUGUCCAGACGCAGAUAGGACCCCCGCUCUCGGAGCCGCGGCCUCUCGGGUCCCCCCCGAACGCCACCCGGGCGCUCACCCCACCCCAGGCGGCGGGAGAUGGCAUCUUGGCUGUCGGAGCCAGCCAGCGAUUCUGCUCACCAGCGCCUCCCUCAGAUGACAAGGUCAGCCCCGGCACGUUUGCCAUAGGAAGCUCUUUAAGCAUCCACUCUCUCCCACCCAACUCUACCACUAUGGUGGACCUCACCAAUUCCCUGAGAGCCUUCGUGGAUGGGAACGGAGAGAUCGAGAUCAAUAUGCUGGACGAGAAGCUGAUCAAGUUUCUGGCCCUGCAGAGGAUACAUCAGCUCUUCCCUUCCAAAGCACAGGCCCCUGGCGGGAGCGCGGGCACUCAUCAGUUGCCUCCCGGGGGGCACCACCCGGAAGUGCAAAAGAAGGAGGUGCAGGCCCGGGCGGUGUUUUACCCCCUCACGGGGCUCGGGGGUGCCGUGAACAUGUGCUAUCGGACCCUCUACAUCGGAACAGGAGCUGACAUGGACGUGUGCCUUACAAACUACGGUCACUGUAACUACGUGUCGGGUAAACAUGCCUGCAUAUUUUACGAUGAGAAUACCAAGCAUUACGAGCUAUUGAACUACAGCGAGCACGGCACCACGGUGGACAACGUUCUGUAUUCGUGUGACUUCUCUGAGAAGACCACCCCAACCCCCCCGAGCAGUAUUGUUGCCAAAGUCCAGAGCGUCAUCAAACGGCGCCGGAGCCGGAAGCAGGAGGAGGAAGAGGAGGCGGCGGCGACGGGGGCGGGGGAGACGGCGGCGGUGAUGAGCGCCCAGGCGCAGGGGCCGCCCCGGAGACCCUGCAGCUGCAAGGCCAGCAGCUCCAGCCUGAUCGGGGGCAGCGGGGCAGGCUGGGAGGGCACCGCCCUGCUCCACCACGGCAGCUACAUCAAGGUGGGCUGCCUGCAGUUCGUCUUCAGCAUCACCGAGUUCGCGACCAAACAGCCCCGGCCCGGGGACACGGCCCCCGUGCCCGACGCGGGACUGUCCCUCAAGCCCCACCAGGGGCCUGUGCUGCGCUCCAACUCUGUGCCGUAGGCGCCGGUCAGCCCCUCCUCCCCGCCCCGGCCCCCACCCUGUCGCCCGACGCCCCCACCCCUCCCGCCCGUGACUCCCGCAAUGCAAAAAUGUACAAAACGAACCGAGCCCGGGUUUUUCUAUCCCCCCCACCCCGCCAGAAACUGUUCAACCGUGACCUUUGCAUGAAUGAAGAAAACCUUUUGACUCCUUUUUUAAAGCAAAAUUGUUUUCCUCUUCUUUAUCUCGAGUCCUGGGGGCAUUUGCACAUUAUCUUUGUACUCGGCAUUUCACGGGAGUGCGGUAGAUCCGUGGGGUGGGGGGGAGGGGUGGGGAGCGGGAGGGGGGCUUUCCGGACAUCUGAUGCUUACUCAGAAGAAAAACACAGAAGACCAUUUCCCCCACCCUCUAUUGCCACACAACACCCCCUCCCACACACACACACACACACACACACACACACACACACACGCCCACCCCCGGCCCCCACCCCAUUGUAAAAUAAUCAGAAACUUGUUCUAUUUUGUGCCAGUGACAAUAGUUUUAUAUUAAAAGAAAAAAUACAGUUUUCAUACAGCAAAAUCUA